GUGUAGUGCAGGUAAACGAAUGAAGUGCAAGGGCCAGGACGAGGUAAAUUGGUUGCAGAAAAGGUUUCAGGGUCAGCUAAUAAUUCCAAAAAUUCCCAGCAGGGAACGUGAAGAUCCUUGGCGGCUGAAGUCGGCUGUGGUCAUCGGUGUUAUUUUGGCGGAGGGUCGAGAAUGAAAGCGGCUGAGUGAUCCCCGCUGUCCCCAUGGGGACAGAGCCUCCGCCGCAUUGCAGCCCAGUUUCACCAGACCAGACGGCAGCCUCGGUCUGCGGCACGUCCUGACCACGUUAAGAGUAAAGCAACGUCUACGGUCAGCCCGUCCGAGCACAUUGCGCAGAUGGCGGCUGACCACACCCCCGAAAUAAAUCAAAACGCAUUCAAGAUUGUUGGUAGAACAAUCCGCGUGAAAAAUACUGAAGUGAAAAUAAUUUUCACUUUGUGAAAUGGCGGCGGAGCGGAGAGUUGGUUCCAGUGGCGCUCGGACAGGAUUCCGGCCGUACGGAGGGUCAGGGGUUCGGGGACUCCUGGUGUGGGCUCUGAUCGGUGUGUGGUUCACCUCUGUGGCAGAAACGUUGAAUAUGACCAUUUUCAAAAGUCCAAAGCAUGUAUUAUUGAAUACGGAUGUUUCCUUGGAAUGUAAAGUUACCGGUUUUGGAACGACAACUCUUGACCUAUCAAAUGUCGGCGUCCAGUGGUUGUUUGGACCCCAAAAGAAAGAUAUCUACACCUUUGUUGCAGGAAAAUCUACCUCCAAAAGAGAUGGCAUCAAAAUAUCUGAAACUGAGUUACAGAAAGGAGAUGCUUCACUUCAUCUUUCAGAUGUCCAAUUGGAUGAAGAAGGACAAUACACUUGUAUUGUAUUUGUCACUCCUAACAAAGCAGAAAAGAGUUCACAAAUGAUGGUGUUAGCUCAGCCAAAGGUGCGUUUAUCCACACAACACAUUACCAUUCUGAAUGGUGCAGAGAAAUCUGUCAGGUGUGAUGCUACAGGAUUUUAUCCUCAGCGGCAUGAGAUCUUCUGGGAAAAAAUAUCCACCGAGAAAACGGAGAGAUUGGGAGGAGAUAUCUGCACUGAAGCUGCAGUUUCUAAUAAUGAUGGAACCUUCAGUGUUUCCAGUAGAAUGAGAAUUGAACCAACUCUAGAUGAUGAUGGUAAAACAUACAAGUGUGUUGUGAGGCAUCAGUCCCUUCCUCAUGAACGUUCACUAGAGCUGAAGGUCUCAGUGAAAGAGCCUGAGGAAUCUUCAGCAACAGUGGCUAUUGCUGGAGUUAUAAUUGCUGCAAUUGUGUUAUGGCUACUAUUUGCCGCAGGAUUACAUACUUACUACUUGAGAUUCAGAAAAGUUCCUCCAGAAAUUACUGGAUGCAGUGGACAUCAAAUCUUUGGACAUUUUGAAAAAGAAGUAGUCACUUGGAAGGUUAGCCCAUUUCGACCUCGUGAGAUUACAAUUGUGUUGUACAUAAAGAGGAAGCAUAUGGAUAAUAAGUGUCAGCUGCUUAAAUGGAGCAGCAAGGAUGAGAUUGAAAACCACAAACAGUCUGUAUCAACGCAUGGAAUGGAUUCUAAUGAAUGGAGGAUCCUUAUGCAUUCAGAUAAGGAAAAUGCAUCCUUUAAGCCACUGGUUUCUGAAUUUGAAACGAACACACAAAAUAUUUCCAGUGUAAAAGUCAUUGUCAACAUGUAUCCUGAUAUUUCUCAGGAUGACGGGGCUGAAUUAAUUAUUGAAGUUCAACAUCAAGCACUUGAAUGGCCUAUAACAAAGACUCUGACACUGGAUGUUAAAGGAGUGCCACCUAAGGUUUUAAACAUUUUGGUGCCACCUCGCAUCAUUCAGAAUGAACCUGUGGCUUUGACUUGUUCAAUCACUGGAUUUAAACCAAGACCAUUAAGUAUUACAUGGCAACAAAAGAGAAAGAACAGUGAUUUGGAAGAAAUUGUCCGGCUGGAGGACAAUAAGACAAUUGUUCCCGAUGACAUAAGGAAGAAUUCCAUGCAUAAGCAUUACAUCAAUGAGAUGGAGCAUGAGGACAAAACUUACAGCAUCACUAGUGUAUUAGUUAUUGUGCCAGAUAUACUGCAAGACCAGCACUGUCAGUACUUCUGUAAGAUACAGCAUCGCUGCACUAACAGUAAGGAAGAGAGAGAAAUGACCCUAUCUGUUACAGCCUCUCCAAAACUGGACACAAUAAAGUGUGAAGCAGAAAAAAUAAUUGAAGAAGUACCCAUGACUUUAAGCUGUCAAAUUAGUGCAUUUUAUCCCAGAGAUAUCACUGUUACAUGGCUCCAAAAUGGCUCAAAAAAGGUAAAAGAAUCCCAAGUUGGUGAUGCAGUGAUUGGAAAGGAUCGACUCUAUCAUUUGACAAGUAAUAUCAAGAUUGUUCCCACCAGAGCUCAUGCAAUGAAAUACACGUGCCGAGUAGCACAUGUGAGCCUUGCAGUGCCAGUGGAGACUGAUUGGGUAGCUGGUCAAGUGCUUUCAUUGCCAAAGCUCACAGUAAUUAAGGUGGAUCCAGCUCUCCCUGAAGUUGGAGUGCCUUUAACACUUUCCUGCAAAGCUUAUGGAUUCUAUCCAGAAGGAAAUCAAAUAUUCUGGUUCAAAGAAUUUGAUAAAAUUGAAGAUGUAUCUAAAGAAGGAAUUAACACAGGAACAAGUGAAUUGGAUACAGUCAGUGGUUUGUACUCGCGAUCAUCUCAGUGGAAAUUUAAACCAACUGCUGGCGAUCAUGGGAAAGAAUUCAAAAUGCAAAUCCUUCAUUCGGAAACUUCAAGCAAGCCUGUAACAGCCAGUUAUAUUUUGAAAUUAAAAGCUUUAUCUCCUUCCCUGUCUGUUAUUAGAAGUGAUCCAAAACUACUUAAAGUUGACCAGCCUGCAACAUUCAGUGUCUCACUGACAGGCUAUGUUCCUGCUAAACUCCAAGUAAAGUGGUUUAAAGAUGGAAAGCUUUGUCAAAACGUGAAGGAAAACAUUCCUGAGAUUGCAGAUGAUGGUCUGUUUUCAUCAGUUACAAGUUUCAAGUUUGUGAUGACAAAAAUGGAUCACGGGAGUACCAUCAGCUGUGAAGUGCUUCAUGAAGAGACAAAGAAAAUUCAAAAGAAAGAUUUCAAAUUACCCCUUAAAGUUUCAUUGCCACAGCUCACAGUAAUUAAGGCGGAUCCAGCUCUCCCUGAAGUUGGAGUGCCUUUAACACUUUCCUGCACAGCUUAUGGAUUCUAUCCAGAAGGAAAUCAAAUAUUCUGGUUCAAAGAUUUUGAUAAAAUUGAAGAUUCAUCUAAAGCAGGAAUUAACACAAGAAAAAGUGAAUUGGAUACAGUCAGUGGUUUGUACUCGCGAUCAUCCCAGUGGAAAUUUAAACCAACUGCUGGCGAUCAUGGGAAAGAAUUCAAAAUGCAAAUCCUUCAUUCGGAAACUUCAAGCAAGCCUGUAACAGCCAGUUAUAUUUUGAAAUUAAAAGGAAUUCCAUAUGUUGAAGACAUCAAAUGUGAGCCACAGACAGCUGCGUAUGGCACAGAACUUGUUCUCAGCUGCAAGGUCUCCAACUUUAUUGCAAAGAAUAUCCAAACAAUGUGGAUGAAGAGAGGAAACCAAAUAUCUGAAGGGGUCAAAAUUGUGGGACCCGAGUUGGAUGAAAAUGGAUGUCUUCAAUUGUUGUCCUGCUUGCAUGUAAAACCAACUGCUCAAGAUUUUGGUGAAAGCUUUUCCUUUCAAGUGGAGAAUUCCAAUUUAAAUAAGCCAAUACAAAAACAGACAGUUUUAACUCUUCCAGCUUUAUCUCCUUCCCUGUCUGUUAUUAGAAGUGAUCCAAAACUACUUAAAGUUGACCAGCCUGCAACAUUCAGUGUCUCACUGACAGGCUAUGUUCCUGCUAAAUUCCAAGUAAAGUGGUUUAAAGAUGGAAAGCUUUGUCAAAACGUGAAGGAAAACAUUCCUGAGAUUGCAGAUGAUGGUCUGUUUUCAUCAGUUACAAGUUUAACGUUUGUGACAUCAAAAAAGGAUCAUGAGAGUACUAUCAGAUGUGAGGUGCUUCAUGAAGAGACAAAGAAAGUUCAAGAGAAAGAUUUCAAAUUACUCCUUAAAGAUUGUGCUGAAGAGGAAGGUGAUACCAGUAGAGUAGAUGAUGAAGAUGAAUCGGAGGAGAUCUCGAAUAUAAAGUGCCACACAAAAGAUCCUAAAGUUGGCCAACCAGUAACUCUUUCUUGCGAUGUUAAAAGAUAUGCUUUAGAAGAGGCUCAGAUCAUCUGGUACAGAGAUGCUUAUCCUUUUGAUGAAAAACAAUUCACUGCAAACACACCAUUUGAAAAUGGUAGCGGUUUCACUACUGCACUAACUUAUACACCAAAAGAAAAAGAAAAGAAUGAGAUCCAAGUUCAAAUUGAAAUUGAUUUUCAAGUAUAUAUUAGACAUUUCAACUUGAUAUUAAGUUGACUUGAUACGGCAUUUUCUGGAAGAGUGAGCACUGAAUAGUGAUUUAAAAUUAAAGACAGAGCUUUCAAUCUGAGAAUGAAAUAAUGUACAGUCAACCUCAUGGGUACUUUUGCUUUUUACCACUCAGUAUCCAUUUACCAUUCUGAUUGUUAAAGUAACCCAAUUCUGUUAACAUAUCUUUUACCUAAGUCACAAUAGGAACAUGUGUUGUAUAAUUGAGAGUCAGGCAAUGAUUGCAGGUGAAGGGAAAUGGGCAGGAGAGUGCUAAUUUAGUUGUGAGUGUGAGAAGAGAAUAAUUGAGGAUAGCAGCCAGGAACUUGGGUACAAGUUUAAUGUGUCUGAAAAGACACAUUAAGCCACUGGAGUUUAAUCAUUUGUCUCCACCUAUCUGGACAAAUCCAUCAGAUGAACCAUUUGGUACAAACAACUUGAACUCUUCUCACCAGAAUGCACCUACCCGCAAGCAGUUGACUUGUGGGAUGAUGAUUGUCUGCUCCCUUCACAACCUUUGCCCCCUGCUGAGCAAAUGGAUCAGAAGCACUUCCUAAUUUCUUGAAUUCUUUAAUCUGUUGACAUGUACAGUUUUGGUUUCCCGGUUAUAGGGAAGGUGUCAUUAAGCUGGAAGGAGUGUAAAGAAGAUUUACAAGAAUGUUGCCAGGACUCCAGAGCCUGAGUUAUAGGGAGAGGUUGGGAAGGCUAGGACAUUAUUUCUAGGAGUGUUGGAGACUGAGGGUAACCUUGUAGACGUGUAUAAAAUCAUGAGGGGCAUAGAUGGGGUGAAUAUGCACAGUCUUUUCCCCAGGGAAAGGGGAUCAAAAACUACAGGGCAUAGGUUUAAGGUGAGAGGGGAAAGAGAGAGGCAACUCCUCCACGCAGAGAGUGGUGAGUAUAACCAGAGGGUCAUGGAUUUAUGGAAUUUUUUGCCAUGUACAGCUGUGGAGGCCCGAUCAUUGGGGGUGUUUAAGGCAGAGAUUGAUAGGUAUAUAAUUAGUCAGGGUAUCAAGGGACAUGGGGGAAAAGCCAGGAGUUGGGGAUAGAUGGCAGAAUAGUUUAGCUCAUGGUGAAGUGGGAACAGACUCGAUGAGCUAAAUGGCCUGCUUCUGCUCCUUUGUCUUGUGAUAUGGAACGAGUUGCCAGAGGAAGUGGUUGAGGCAGAUAUAAUAACAUUUAAAAGUGCUUGGACAGAUACAUGGAUAGGAAAGUUUUAAAGGGAUAUUGGCCAAUCAUGGGCAACUGGGACUAGCUGAGAUGGGCAUCUUGAUCGGCAUGGAUGAGUUGGGCCAAAGGGCCUGUUUCUCUGGUGCAUUACACUAUGACUCCACAAUAACAACAUUUUUUGUGCUCUGUUUCUUUAGUUAAUAGAGCUGCAGCAAGUUACUUGAUUUAUAUUGACAAACCGUAUUUUUCUUUGAUUUUCACCUCAGUGAUAAAGUGGGGAUUGAAACUGAAUAAGUGUAAAUUCAAUUGUACAGGUGCCUUUUUUGAAAGAAGAUUUGAACAGGUUCAGUGGUGAUAACAAUGUUUAACAUUGUUGCAACUGAAUCUCCAGCCCAGUAUUAUGUCAAAGUUUUAAUAUUUUGGGACUAACGUUAGGGCUACUGGAAUUCAAAUUAUUGGCUCAGAAUUUGCAGUCACAGGCCAUUUAGUACCAGACACCAAAAUGUAGCAAUCCCUGUGGUGAGUGGAUCCCCUUUUCUGACAUUGAUUGUCAGCAAUUGUUGGUUCAAGUGGGUCUCUGCUAUCCAGUAUUGUGACACCAGAAAUUGCAGUUGCAUCAGAAUUUUCAUGUACUAUUUACAGAGAUUUUUUUUUAAAAUUUGAAGUUUUUUUAAAGUGUUUUAAGCAUUUCGUACAUUAGUAAUUAGAUAUUAACUCAUUUGAAAAUGAAGAAGCUCAAAGGUAAUCCAUAAAUGUUCUUGUAUUUUUGAAAUAUUAAUUUAUUACAUUACAUGUAAAUUCUGUUUCACUUUGGGGAGUAUAGUAAUUUUGCCCUAUUAUACAAUUUAAAAACUUGCCUUAACAAUGUAUGUGAAAUAUCUAACCUUUCAUGUGUUAGACUAAGUUUAGAUUCAUAUCAGCUGAAGUGGUGGCCCAUGGAGGUGUAAAUUACUCUCAGUUUCACAAAGAUCAAGGAAACUCCUGAUAAAUGUGAUGUACUAGGUUUUGAUAGGCCAUCUAGUACCUGGAAGUUUGGUUCAGGUAAAGCAACGAAGGGAUCACAGAAAUAAAUACACCAAUCACUGAAAAUGGCACCACUGGUUAAUAAGGGGUUAAAAAGUGCAAACAAGCAUUUGGCUUUAGAUUGGUGGAAAGAGAAUCAAAGGUUGCACCGAGAGAAUUAGAUGAGGAAAAAGCUGGAAGAAGUUCUGGUGGAGCAUAAACAGCAGAUGCAUUGUUGGGCUGAAGGUCCUUGAAUCCGUGUGGUAUGUCCUAUUUAUUAUCCCGUAAAAAUAUAUUAUUAUCAAACCCAUUUGAAUUCUAGUACAGCAAAUAAAGGAUGGCCAUGAAGUUAGGGAAUCUAUUGCUGCUUAUGGCUUGUAUGUAUGAAUGUUACUGCCACCUGAUAAUUGCCCCUGGUGUUUGUGAAUCGAUAUGAAUUUUUAAUUGUCAGAUUAUCUAUCAUUCUUUGAUAAUUGUAUUGGUAUCCAACUUGACAAACAUAUUCUGUUAACAAAGUCACUUAAGUUGAUAAAAUCUCUUAGACAUAUUUUCAGUUAUUUUGAUGCAUUUAAUAAAUAUUUACUGUUAUUUUAUUGAACAUGUGUGAAUUGUUGAGACUGUCACAGCAGCCGCUUCCACAGUUGGAGAUAUCCUGCACCAGGUCUGAACUGGGCACAGGAUCUUACUGAUAUCCUUGUGAUGGUUUGUUAUACACUGGACACGAACAAUCUACGCAAAGGUGCACUUCAUUGUGUGUUUCGAUGUACGUGAAAGAAAUCUUGUCUUAUUCCAGUAAUUAUGUCAAUGCAAAUGAGAACCCAGUCUUUAAAAACCACUUGUUGAAAUGUAAACUGCGAGCAGUAAUCAGUUUUGAAAUUAAAAGGACAAGUUUGUAAACAAAUGGCAUUGUACAGAGCACAGACUACUGGCCCACAGCAGGAGGCUGCUCAAGCGAUAUGGUUUGCAAAGUGACAUGACUGUGUGGUGUUAUCGUUUGCAUCAGUCAAACGUAAGGAGCUGGGGGGAUGUUAAAUGUCUGGCAUCAGGUAACUUAUAAGUUAUUUUGCAUCAUUGUGAUCAAGGAAGGUUCCAGACCAGAUCUGUUUUGUCACUCAGCAGAUCAAACAUGUUCAAAGGCAUAUUUGCUCUGUCUCAAUAAUUGGGGUAUUUGUGUACCCGAGAGUCAGCCCCACAACACUAAUGUUGGGUGUCGGGGUUCUCUGUAUUCAGAAACUUUGAGACCAUCCAUGUGAAUUACCUUGUCCCAGCCAAAGUGUUUGAAUAUUCAGAGGUGUCUUGUCAGUUACAAUGUGCUCCUAUUGUAAAUAUGUAAUUCAAUGGAACCAUUUAUUGGACUCAAAAAUAUUGAAGCAAACAGUGUCAUUGGAGCUAUUGAACUUGCAUCGAACUAUCUUCUGUUAUCUUUGUUCUUCAGAGUAUAAAAACGAUGUACUCUGAGUUUGCAGAGAUUCUGCUGAAAGGCUCUCCAAGAGAAUGCCUGCUUCUUGUAAUAAAUAUAGAGCUUUAUAUCUACUAUCUUCAGUCUCCAUGUGGCUUAGUCAAAAUCAUAGCCCCAGCAUAAUGCAGGAGCACCAACCCUGGACUACAGGGCAUUGGUUUAAGGUGAGAGGGAAAAUUCAAAAGGGACCUUCUUCACGUAGAGACUGGUGAGCGUAUGGAAUGAGUUGCCAGAGGAAGUGGUUGAGAAGGAUGCAAUAACAACAUUUAAAAGUGCUUGGACAGGUACAUGGAUAGGAAAAUUUUAAAGGGAUACAGUCCAAUUGUGGGCAAACGGAAUUAGUUUAGAUGGGUAUCUUGGUCGGCGUGGAUGAAUUGGGCCAAAGGGCUGUUUCUGUGGUGUAUUACUCUAUGAAUCUACAAUAACAGCAUUCUUUGCGGUUUGUUUAACAGAGUAAGUUACUUGGUUUAUAUCAACAAACCCUUGUUAAAUUUUCAUCUCAAUGUAAUAAAGUGGUGAUUGAAACUGAAUAAGUGCAAAUUCAGUUGGACAGGUGCCUUCACUUUUUUGAAAGAUUUGAACAGGUUCAGUGGCGGUAAUGAUUUCCAGUAUUGUUGCAACUGAAUCUCCAGCCCAGUAUUAUUACAAAGUUUUAAUAUUUUGGGACUAACAUCAGGGCUGAUGUAAUUCAAAUUAUUGGCCCAGAACUUGCAGUCACAGGCCAUUUAGUACCAGUCACCAAAAAUGUAGCAAUCCCUGUGGUGAGUGGAUCCCCUUUUCUGACUUUGAUUGUUAACAAUUAUUGGUUCAAGGGGGUCUCUGCUAUCCAGUGUUGUGACACCAGAAAUCUCAAUCGUAUCAGAGGUUUCAUGUGUUGUUUACCUGGAGAUGGUCAUACAAUUUGUAAUUUUUUUUAGUCAUUUCGUACAUGAGCAAUUAAAUAUUAGAACAUUUG